AUGAAGGCCCGUUGCCGACUACUGGUUGAAAACUUGCAGCCCCCAGUCCUCAAGGCUCAGAUCGGUCGCUUUAUCGAUUUAGAGAGGCGUGACUGCAAAUCUGAUGAUGUCGCCCUUUUCAACCUGAUUCCGGAGCUUGCAAAGAUACAACAGCGGUUUCAUCGAAUUUCACAGGAUUAUGCGGGAAAGCAGGAUUCUAAAACUAUCAAGCCAGAAAAGAAACCACAACGUGGUGCUCCGACCAAGCCCACGUCAGCACCCUCGCCGGCACCCACGACGACCACUACUGCGACGGGACCUCGCCCUACGCGCUCUCCUCCUCAAGUUUCGCGCGGCUAA